GGCGACGUGGAUAGGAGGAGGAGAGGACACCGGGAGGAGGAAGGAUGGGCGGCCUCUACGUAGCCGCAGGGAGUUGACUGGAGCGAGUCCAGCCCCUUGCAUCCUCCCCCAGUGUACCUCCCUCCUCGUUUUUUCCUCCUGCCAGCAUAAGCAGCCCUCGCAGCACCUGAGCCGCUACUGCCGCUGGCUCAGGACUGCGCUAUGGCUGAGCCUGGUCACAACCCCCAUUCCUCUGCCAGAAGCAGAGGAAGAACUGCGAGGCGCACCACCCGGCUUCUGUGGCUGUUGCUCUGGGCCGGGACUGCCUUCCAGGUGACCCUGGGAACUGGACCUGAGCUUCACGCCUGCAAAGAGUCAGAGUAUCACUAUGAGUACACCGCAUGUGACAGCACGGGUUCCAGGUGGAGGGUCGCCGUGCCGCACACCCCGGGCCUGUGUACCAGCCUCCCUGACCCCGUCAAGGGCACCGAGUGCUCCUUCUCUUGCAAUGCCGGGGAGUUUCUGGAUAUGAAGGACCAGUCCUGCAAACCGUGCGCGGAGGGCCGCUACUCCCUCGGCACCGGUAUCCGCUUUGAUGAGUGGGACGAGCUGCCUCAUGGCUUUGCCAGCCUCUCAGCCAACAUGGAGGUCGAUGAUAGUGUCACGGAGUCCACCGAGAACUGCACUUCGUCCAAAUGGGUUCCCCGGGGUGACUACAUCGCCUCCAACACGGACGAAUGUACAGCCACACUGAUGUAUGCUGUCAACCUAAAGCAGUCUGGCACAGUUAACUUUGAAUACUACUACCCGGAUUCCAGCAUCAUCUUCGAAUUUUUCGUCCAGAAUGACCAAUGUCAGCCCAAUGCUGAUGACUCCAGGUGGAUGAAGACCACAGAGAAAGGAUGGGAAUUCCACAGUGUCGAGCUAAAUCGAGGCAAUAAUGUCCUCUAUUGGAGAACUACAGCCUUCUCAGUGUGGUCCAAAGUGUCCAAGCCUGUGCUUGUGAGAAACAUCGCUAUAACAGGGGUGGCCUACACUUCGGAGUGUUUUCCCUGCAAGCCUGGCACAUAUGCAGCCAAGCAGGGCUCCUCUUUCUGCAAGCUUUGUCCAGCCAACUCUUACUCAAAUAAAGGAGAAACCUCUUGCCAUCCAUGUGAUCCUGACAAAUACUCAGAAAAAGGAUCUUCCACCUGCAAAGUGCGCCCUGCCUGCACGGACAAGGAUUAUUUCUACACACACACAGCCUGUGAUGCCAAUGGAGAGACACAGCGCAUGUACAAAUGGGCCAUGCCAAAAAUCUGUGAUGAGGACCUCGAAGGGGCAGUGAAGCUGCCUGCUUCUGGUGUGAAGACUUUCUGCCCACCCUGCAACCCCGGCUUCUUCAAAACCAACAAUAGCACCUGCGAGCCCUGCCCCUACGGCUCAUACUCCAAUGGCUCUGAUUGUACCUACUGCCCAGCGGGGACUGAGCCUGCUGUUGGAUUUGAAUACAAAUGGUGGAACACACUGCCCACAAACAUGGAAACUACUGUUCUCAGUGGGGUCAACUUUGAGUACAAAGGCCUGACAGGCUGGGAGGUGGCUGGUGACCACAUUUAUACAGCUGUUGGAGCCUCAGACAAUGACUUCAUGAUUCUCACUCUGGUUGUGCCAGGAUUCAGACCUCCACAGUCAGUGAUGGCAGACAUAGAGAACAAAGAGGUGGCCAGGAUUACAUUUGUCUUUGAGACCAUCUGUUCUGUGAACUGUGAGCUCUACUUCAUGGUGGGCAUGAAUUCUAGAACCAACACUCCUGUGGAGACUUGGAAAGGUGGCAAAGGCAAACAGUCCUAUACCUACACCAUUGAGGAGAACGCCACCGUGAGCUUCACCUGGGCCUUCCAGAGGACCACUCUUCAUGAGACAGGCAGAAAGUACACCGAUGAUGUUGCCAAGAUCUACUCCAUCAAUGUCACCAAUGUCAUGGGUGGAGUGGCCUCCUACUGCCGUCCCUGUGCCCUAGAAGCCUCUGACAUGGGCUCCUCCUGCACCUCUUGUCCUGCUGGUCACUACAUUGACCGAGAUUCUGGAACCUGCCACCUCUGUCCCCCUAACACCAUCCUGCAAGCCCACCAGCCUUAUGGUGCCCAGGCCUGUGUAUCCUGUGGUUCAGGGACCAAGAGCAACAAGAUCCACUCUAUCUGCUACAAUGACUGCACCUUCUCCCGUGACACUCCAGGCAGGAUUUUCAACUACAACUUCUCAGCUCUGGCAAGCACUGUCUCUCUUGCUGGAGCACCAAGCUUCACCUCAAAAGGGCUGAAGUACUUCCAUCACUUUACCCUGAGUCUCUGUGGAAACCAGGGAAAGAAAAUGUCUGUGUGCACUGACAAUGUCACUGACCUCCGGAUCCCUGAGGGUGAGGCAGGUUUCUCCAAGUCCAUCGUGGCCUAUGUCUGCCAGGUAGUCAUCAUCCCCUCAGAGGUGACAGGCUACAAGGCCGGGGUGUCCUCACAGCCAGUCAGCCUUGCUGACCAACUUGUUGGAGUGUCAACAAACAUGACUCUUGAUGGAAUCAUCUCCCCAGCUGAACUCUUCCACCCGGAGACCUCAGGGAUGCCGGACGUGAUCUUCUUUUUUAGAUCCAAUGAUGUGACUCAGUCCUGCAGUUCUGGAAGAUCAACUACCAUUCGCCUCAGAUGCAACCCAACGAAAGCUGUCCCUGGAACGCUGCUGUUACCCAGGAUGUGUUCUGAUGGGACCUGCGAUGGCUGUAACUUCCACUUUCUGUGGGAGAGUGUGGCUGCCUGUCCUGUCUGCUCUGCCUCGGACUACCACACUUUUGUCAGCAGCUGUGUGGCUGGGAUCCAGAAGACUACUUACAUGUGGCGAGAACCAAAGUUGUGCUUCGGGGGCAUUUCACUGCCUGAGCAGAAAGUCACCAUCUGUAAGACGAUAGAUUUCUGGCUGAAAGUGGGCAUCUCUGCUGGCACCUGUACUGCCAUCCUGCUCACUGUCUUGACCUGUUACUUUUGGAAGAAGAAUCAAAAACUAGAAUACAAGUACUCCAAACUGGUGAUGAACGCUACCCUUAAAGACUAUGACCUGCCAGCAGCUGACAGUUGUGCCAUCAUGGAAGGCGAGGAUGUGGAAGAUGACCUCAUCUUUACCAGCAAGAAAUCACUCUUUGGGAAGAUCAAAUCCUUUACCUCCAAGCAGCCAGCUCCUGUCACCAUCUCUCUUUCAGAGGACUCCUGAUGGAUUUGACUCAGUGCCACUGAAGACAUCUUCAGGAGGCCCAGACAUGGACCUGUGAGAGGCACCGCCCUGCCUCCUCACCUUGCCACAUCACCUUGCAAGCCUGUGGCAAUUUGGGUGCCAGCAUCUUGCAAUACCCACUGCAGGAAAUCUCCUCAUUGUGGCCUUAUCAGAAGUUUGGAUUUGAGAUCCUUGUUUUUAUAGAGUACCCAAACCUUCCUUUCUGCUUCCCCAAAGCUACCAAAUAUACCCACACUUUGUUUGUGUAUUAUUCCCUUGCUUGUAUUUUGUUUCAAAUAAUAGUCCAGCCGUUGGAGCCAUAACUUCAUCUGCCCAUAAUUCUCACAGCUAUGGAGUGAAAAAAUUGCUCUCUCUUUUUAAGCAUAGAAUUGACCUUUGUCCUCUUGAGGGUAAGAGCAGCUGGGAGUUCUUGUGAUCAGAUAAAUGCCUUAGCUCAUGAUCUCUGUAGGAGAGAGGCUGGGUGAUGGGGAGGUUGGGGUUCUGAUGGACAAUCUUCACGGUAGCCUGGAUUAGUUUCUCCUGGGGAAUGAAUUUAAACAGAGCGCAGUGGACAGUUUGAAGGCAAGGUGUGUGAGGCCUGUGUAAGAAGACAGUCAAUAAGCACAAAGAGAAGCAAGGAAGAAGGGUCUUUGUUUUAUGGGGUUUUUUUUUUGUUUUUUUUUAUAACCAGGUACCUCGUUUCUUUUAAGUGAUAAAUAUUCUUACCGAUGCCAAAGUAAGUUAUUUAUUGAGAACAUGCCCAAAGCCCUAGUAGAGCCAUUCUCCACAAUUUUUUAAAACCUUCUACCAUCUCCCUGUAACACUAAAAAGAACCAAAUAAAUCUAGGCUUAUCCUCCAUUGGCUUUACUGGGAGAUAGUAAACCCUUGCCUGUGAGGAAAAUGCCCAGCAUUGAACUCCUCAGUCCUAGAGGCCUGGAGCAUAUCAUGGGAUAGGAUAUCUUGCUUUGAAAGAACACAGGAGGCCAGGGUUUUGAUGGAGGAGUAUUUGGGGGCUCCAGCCUGCAACAGCAUGGACUAGACAGGCCAUGAUGCCUGCUUCUGACUUUAAUUCAUAUACUAUGCUAGGUCACAGGAUUAAUAACUUCUAGACUGACCAGAAAGGAACUGAAGGAAAACAAGGGCUAGUUAACAAGGCCUGCACCAAACAGAGGCACUUCCCUCUUGCCUCCAAGCCUCUGUCCCCCAAGCCACAUCUUUUUUCUGUUCUCACCGCACUAAAAAUCUAAAAGACUCCAGGCCUCUAUUUCUGGCAACAUUCCUUUGAAAGGUGAGUAGAGUACGCACCACCUCAGAAGUCGGGUGGGUAUCCUUUCCACCCCCUCCCCUUUCCUCCAGCUACAACUGAUGAAGUAUUCAGAAUGGUAAAGCAAGAGCAAAAUUUCCAAUUACCUUUUUCUUCCCACUCCUGGGAAUUCUCUGUCACUUCAGGCUAGAAUGGUUAUCUCUUGGUCGAGUCUCAGUUGCUCAUGGCCUGUGCCCAUACGCACUCUUUACCCAGUGACUAGAUGGUUGGUAUAGAAUUGAGAGGCAUUUCUGGGUGGUUUUGUUGGCCACGAAGUGACUUGCUUGUCUGAUGAGCCUUGACUGCUCUCACUAUGGUUUUUGAGAGUCAGACAGAAAUGAGGCUAUGACAAGACCAUCAAAGGCAUCAGUGGUGGCUCAGUCAUCUAGAAGCUUUUGUUUGAGCAUCCAAAUUGUCCUUCAUUUUGUGACUCUCAGAACCUGUGGCCAUGCUGGACUAUCCCUGAGUGAAUAUGUACACAUCACCCCUGAGCCCCAGGCUAGGCCUUCUGCAGCUUCCUGAGCUGCUGCUUCCCAUCAAGUAACUGCCUUCUGUAAUGAAGACCGUGGGAGAUACUUAGAUAUUCUGGAAGAAGUAUAAAAAGUUCAUCCCCUUUAACUUCUUUAUUCUGACAUCUUGAAACCGAGUGCCCCCCAGAGCAACCUCAAAGGAGGUUAAGGAUCUCCUUAAGGAUCCUUAAGGAUCUCCUUUUUCCUCACUCCAUAGUGGACUGAUGUGUAAGGGAAGAGGGUAGGUCACCUUUUGCUUCCUUAGCAACUUAGACACCAGCUAUUUUUAAUAAUUUUAUUGAGAUAUAAUUAACGUACUGCACAAUUCACCCAUUUAAAACCUAUAGUUCAAUGGCUUUUGCUACAUCCAUUUUAGUUUUCAGUGCUAAGGAUGAAACCCAGGGCCUCUCACGUGCCAGGCAAAUGUCCUACUACCAUGUUAUAUCCCUGGCCCUCUACAUACGUUUUAGAGCAGACGUAUUAGGUCUAAGGGAGAAAGGCUUUAACCCUUGAGCCAGGGAUGCAGUGGUUUACACAAUCUUUAGAGGCAGAGAAUGGGCUCAGGAGACAGUAUUUAAAACCCAUUUGGUUAUCUAGAGUCCUAGAAUACAUAACAAAUUUCAUCUUGUAGUCAUCACUGUAUUUGGCUGGGAACACAAAUGAAGAUUAUGGUGUAUCCAAGGACCAGGGGAUUUAUUAUAUCAUCAAAAAUUUGGGGGGCGAUCUGACUCUAAAGAUAAGACUGAUUAUAUUUAUACAGACUUUGUAACAGAUUUUUGAGCUUUGUGAAAUCAAAUUUGUGUCUCAUCAGAACAGGUUGGAUUUCCUCUUUAUUCUGUAUUCUAAGCAUUUAUAGUUUGUUAGGGGAUGGGUGUUGCAUGUCAUAUUUUUUGGUGAAAUAAAAACAUACCUUUCGAGCUA